AUGCCUGUCACUCCGCGCCGCUCCACGCGUCAAACGGCAAUAUUCACGCCGCUGAGCGCAGUGAAGCAAGUCCCAGCGCGAUACGAGUGGAUCUCGGGCCCGUCAUCCACGUCGCCAACGGGGCGAACGCACUACACCUCGUUCGAGCGGGCGCGCGGUGCGGGCCGGAAGGCGGAGGAGGCGCGCUUCGCGAUCGGCGAUGGCGUGAGCGUGGGGCUCGAAGGCGGCGCCGAAGGCCUCGGGCUCCUCAUAGAUCUUUGGGAGGAGCCUGUACCCGAAGAUGAGCGGGAAGAAGCCGAUGACGAAACGCGCAAGAUGGCGCGCGUACACUGGUUCUUCCGCCGCAGCGACCUGCCGAGCGUGAUGCGCAACUUGACCCUGGAGGAUAACGAGGUCCUCCUCGCCGCGUCGCCGACGCGCCCCGUCACCUCCGACCUGCCGAUUGCGCUGCUCGUCAAGACUGUGCCGGUGUACUCGCGCGCCGUGUUCAAGGAGCAGUUUCCGGACGAGGCGCGCACCACCAAAUGGAAGGGGUAUGCGUGGGCCAAGCCCGAGGGCGUGUAUUGGUGUGCGCGGGCGUACGACAAGGGCGCGAAGGGCGGGCGCGUGUGGCGCGUCGACGUGGAUGCGUGGAAGGACCGGGGCGUUGCGGGGGACUGGAGCGUCCCGCUGAGAGACGAGGAGAGUGGCGAGGAGAGCGACGCGUCCGAGGGCGAGGACGAGGUGAGCGAUGGGGGCACGGAAGAUGAGAGUGCGAGUGGGAGUGAGCAGGACGAAGAGGAGGAGGAGGAGGAUGGAGAGGAAGAGGAGAAGCCGGUGAAGAAGCGCGGACGGCCACCCAAGGCGGCCACUGCGGGCAAGAAGCGCAAGGCUAAGGCCGUCCGUGGACGACCUCGGAAGAUCCCCAAGGUCCAGAAAGUCAAGAAAGCGCAUCCCAAAGCCUCAGCGUCGCACCUCCCCGCCGCGGUCGAGAUUGACAGCCUCCCGACGGACCCGUACGAGCGUGCCCUUCGGCUUCUGCACGUCGGCGCGACGCCCGAGUCGCUACCCUGCCGCGAGGACGAGUUCGUGGAUGUGCUCACGCGGCUCGAAGAGGGCGUGGAGACUGGCGGCGGGGGCUGUCUUUACAUUGCGGGCGUGCCCGGCACGGGUAAGACGGCCACUGUCCAUGCUGUCGUCAAGGAGCUGAAGCGGCGCGCCGAAGACGGCGAGAUCGCCCCGUUCUCGUACGUCGAGAUCAACGGGCUCAAGAUCCCGAGCCCCGCGCAUGCCUACUCCAUCCUCUGGGAGGAAAUUUCGGGGCAGCGUGGGUCAAGUGCCAAGACAGCUCUGCGCGGGCUGGAGAAGCACUUUGCGCGGUCCAGCAGCGUGCGGGGGCCUAGAUCUAACACAUACGUGGUCCUCAUGGACGAGCUCGACCAGCUCCUGACCGCCAAGCAAGACGUAGUGUACAACUUUUUCAACUGGCCGGCGAUGCGCGACAGCCAGCUCUUCGUGAUCGCCAUCGCGAACCGUAUGGAUCUCCCGCAACACCUCGCGACGAAGAUCAAGUCGCGGCUGGGACUGCAAACGGUGCUCUUCCAGCCGUACGACCGCCCUGCGCUCGUCGAGAUCGUCCAGUCCCGCCUCGUGCCCCACCCCCGCUCGACGGCCGACCACAAAGUCCUCACCUUGGACGCCAUCGUGCUCGCCGCAACCAAGAUGGCAGGCACGAACGGGGACGCGCGCCGCGUGCUCGACGCGUGCCGCCGCGCCGUCGAGGUGAGCGUCAAGAACGGCGCGGGCGUCGUCGGCCCGCGCGACAUGGCCCUCGUGCUCUCUGCCAUGAGCAACAGCCCCGUCGCGCUCUUCAUCAAGGCCUGCGGGCUCGAGCAGAAGAUGAUGCUCGCGGCUAUGGUGCGGUGCGUGCGCCGCGAGGGCGUGUCGGAGAUCACGUGGCGCGCGCUGCGCGCCGACCAUGAUGCGCUGACGCGCGCCCUCACUGACCACACGGAGAUGCUGAGCGAUCCUAUGCUUGCGCUGCUGCGCGCCGGGCUUGUUGCGAGCCAUGCGCUCGUCGUCGCCCCGGACUUGUACAAGAGCGGUGAUGAGCGGCGGCUGGCGCUUGGCAUGGAAAUCGGAGAGGUGGGGCGUGUGCUCAUGAAUGAGGGAGAUGAGUGGCGGCGGGCGCUGGCGGGCACAUAGAGGGUGAAGGCCUUAUGUAUCAGUUAAUAGCAUGCAGCUGCUUGUAUUAGUG